GGGGGGCGGGGGGGGAGGGGAGCGAGCAGACCGAGGGGCUGUUGAUGUGUCCGCGGGGCUCUGCGUGUCCCUUCCCCCGGGACGAAACGAAGGUUCUCCCCCGUUCCAUUCAAAGAGGGGCACCUCCGCGUCUGUUGCCGGGGCAACCUGCCCAUCAGCUUCUCUUUGGUUCUUUGCGUGUCGCCCCCCCAGCGCCACCUUUUUGCCUUCUCCCCCCCAGCUGUCCCUGUGUUUCCCUCAAAAUGGGUCUCGCCUUUUCUCGCCUCUUUUCUGGCCUCUUCGGCCGGAAGGAAAUGCGCAUCCUGAUGGUCGGUCUCGAUGCUGCCGGUAAGACCACCAUUCUCUACAAGCUCAAGCUCGGUGAGAUUGUCACCACCAUUCCCACCAUUGGUUUCAACGUCGAGACCGUCGAGUACAAGAACAUCAGCUUCACCGUGUGGGAUGUCGGUGGUCAGGACAAGAUCCGCCCCCUCUGGCGCCACUACUACCAGAACACCCAGGGUAUCAUCUUCGUCGUGGACUCCAACGAUCGCGAGCGUAUCGCCGAGGCCCGUGACGAGCUUGCCCGCAUGCUGAACGAGGACGAGCUCCGCAACGCCCUGCUCCUGGUCUUCGCCAACAAGCAGGAUAUGCCCAACGCCAUGGUCGUCCAGGAGGUCACCGAGCGGCUCGGUCUCUCCAGCCUGCGCAACCGCGCCUGGUACAUUCAGGCCACCUGCGCCACCACCGGUGACGGUCUCUACGAGGGUCUCGAGUGGCUCUCCAACAGCAUCGGCAAGAAUGCUUCUUAAAGUAACUCGCCUGCUUUGCCGUGCGCUGUACAGCGUUCCUCUCAGACCGCUGUGGUUCGCACUCCGGACGUCAAUAGACCACAGCUAUUUUCCCUCUUCCCCUCCUUUUCCUCUGCUGUCGCGCGUUGUCGUCGUCGGCAGUCGGCGGCGCCCCGCCCGGGCGCGCCACACCCCCUCCUCCGCCCUCCCUUCCGCGCCGGACUCACCCUCCCCCGAUGUGCCCCCCCCCCGCUCUCUCCGCCCAUUGCGCGCAGUGUACAUGUCGCUCGCGCCAUUUUGACAUGCACACACACGCGCGCGCACGCAUGUGCAAAGGCGCGUAAAGCAUCCGCGCUGUCAUGUCCAUGUGUGUGUGUGUGUGUGUGU